ACUGUUAAAAGCCAGAGAAAAAAAUUAUUUAAUCUUUAACAAAUUCUGCCUGGUUCUAAUGCUAAUUCCAAACUAAAAAGAAAAGUUAACAAUUUUUUUAUAUAAAAGAAAAAUUGUAAAAUACAUAGUUUUCGUGACGUAUUAUUGUGCGAUAAUAUAAAUCACAGGUGAAAGCAGAAAAAACAAAUCGGAAAUAGUGCUAAAAAUACGCAUUUGUGUUAAAUACGCUAAUAUUUUAGAGGCACAUUCCUGAAAUUCCAUACAAAGUCACAUCGAUAUUUUCUAAUUGUGGAACAUUGCGCUAUUUAAGUACUUUGAAUGGUCCUACACAGUCGCAGUUCUCAAAGAUAUUUGGAUUACAAAGCCACAAUAAUUUACGGAGUAAUUGAACAUUAAUUCGAAAGCUUUCAUUUUAAGCGAGUUCGACGUUUCAUACGCGCCAUUUAUCCCCAGCAAAAGUUCAGUGACCAGCUUUUGACCGCUCCACAUCAAAGCCGUACAAUGACGACGAAACCAGCAACAAUAACACUGGGCAUUAGUGGCCGCAUUGGUAGCAAAAGCAGCAGCAGCAAUCAAAAGAAUAGCGUCUCAUUUGCCGCUCGCCCCACACACAUUACUCAGUCAUCGCCAACACUGGCAAAGCGUGGACACAUCCGCUCCGCAUCGCUAGAGAAUGGCAACUCCUUUACUGCAAAAAACACACUCGGUUUGCCAGCGGUCGAGGGAGCACAGCAGCAGCAGCCGUCGGCGAUAAUGAAUCAUAAUACCGGCACGCUGAAGUCGCGCAAUGAACAAAAGCGCAUGCGUGGACAGAAAUUCGGCAGUUACAGCAGUUUGGAUCAGGAUGCAAUACCUGGGGCAGGGCGAACCAAGUUUCAGAAUAUACGCCAAAUAUUUGAAAUAACCAAAAAGCGCACCUUUGGCGGAGGUGGCGGAACAACAACAGCAACAAAGACUGCGGCAGGGAAAGUGAGUGCCAGUGGCACAAUUGAUAGCAGCACAGCCGAUGCGACAGGUAGUGGCAGCGAUAAUCAAUUAAUGCACUCUCUACCGCCUGUCACAACACCAGCCAUUGCCUCCACCACUCCUGCCCUCAUGUCCACCUCGAUGCCGAGUCUACAACUGCGCCAGCAGACACAGCAACAGCCACACCAGCAACAGCAGCAGCAGCAACAACAAUUACAUAUUGGAUAUCAGCAACAUACACAGCUAGUGCGCAAGCCAACGCCGACGCUAAUGGGCGGCAACGGAAGCGGAAAUCGCAACAGUUAUUCGGAAAUGAGUGAACGUCUGAGUAUUUCGGAGAGUGUGGGCGGCGGAGGCGCUGGUGUGGGUGGCAAUGCAUUAGAUGUGAAGCAGAAGUUGCGGCUGCAACAACAAUUGCAGCAACAGCAACAGCUGGUACAACAACAACAGCAGCUGCAGCAACACCUGCAGGCGCAAAGGCAACACUCACAGCCCUCAAUGGGUCAGCAAGCGCACCCACUUCAACAACAACAGCAACAACAGCAGCAGAAACAGCACCUACAAACACAGUUACAGUUACAACAAUUACAACAACAACAAAUGCGCAGUUCCGCCGGUAUGCCACACUUGCCACAUAUCUCAGCUGCAACAGGCGGCCAAACAGCCACAACAAUGAAUGGCAGUGCCGCUGGUGGUGGUGGUGGCAGUGUAGAAACCGGCGAACAGCCAAAGGUAACAGCAGCGAUCGCAACAGCUACACCAACGACAACAACAGCAGUAACACCAACCAUGUCUAUGAUGACGUCGUAUGAGAAUCUUUUACGCCCCAUCGCCUUCAAGCCAAUCCCUUUCGAGCCGGACUACAGCAUACAGAAUAAUCGUUAUGUGGCUAGCGAAUUGGCUGUAGCAGCGACAGCGUCAGCAUCUGCGUCGGCGGCUGUUGUGGGCGAUCGUUACGGCUCAACGCCAUCACUCGCUGCGGCCCAGGGUUCAAAUAAUAUGCGUUUUGGCAGCACGUCUGAUUUGCGGCAUGGGGGCGCUGGCGUUGGUGGAACUUGCGGCAGUGUUGGUAGUGUCGGUGGUGGCGUUGCGACUGGAGGCAUUGCUGUUGGCGCUUAUUCAAGCAAUAAUUAUUGCAACAGUCUUAUGGCGCGUCGUCGUGGUUCCAGAUCGUUGAAAAUCAACGAUAGCAUGGAAUCGAUUCGACACACACCGGACUCCUCGGAUGUGAAUAGUCAAAGUAGCACAAUUAAAUCAACUGGCAGCAACAACAACCACAUCAACAACAACACCAAUGGCUUAAACAGCAAUGGAUUCGGUGGCGCAAAUGGCUAUGGUUGUAUUGGCGUGGGCAGCACAGCUGGUGGUGGUGGUAAUUCUAGCGGUAGCAAUGGUUGUGCCGGUGGCAAGUACCUGCUGAGCGAACAGUGCGACAUGACACCUUCACCAUCCGACUCAGGCAUAUCAGACUUGGAAGCCGCACUAAAGGAUCGCGACUCGGAACUGUCCUAUUUGCGUCAAACAAUGGAGCACAAUGAGAAAGUAAUAUUCAGAGUACAAAAGGACAAGGAGAACUUCUGGGAGCAGGAGACAAAGCGUUUAAAGACAUUCUAUGAGGCUCAACAACGCGAAUAUCUGCUGAAGAUGAAGAAAAUGGAACAAAUGUUGGCUAUGCAACAAUUCCAAUUCAAACAACACAAGCUGCGGCACACAGAGCAAUCGAACAAGUUGAGAGAGCAGGUGGCCGACUUCAAAAAUGAAAACGAAAUACUCAGGAGUACCAAUAGCAGUCUGAAGAACUCAGAGCGCAAUUUAAAGGACAGCGUCGCAUACAUAGAAGAGCAGCUGCGUGAAUCGGAGAACACCAUCGCCGGCAUAAGAGCGCAGUUGGAGGAGAGCGAAUGGAAAGUUUGCGAGCGCAAUGGCGAGCUCGCACUGCUCAAAUCACAGCUCAAGGAGGCUAAUGUUGAAAUCACUCUGAAGGAGCACGCCAUUGUUCAUUUGCGUCACGAAAACACCAAUGCUGAAACGCAGAUUUACGAAAGUCUACAAGAGAACCAGAAAAUGACGAAGCAACAGAAACAAGUCGAGCAACAGCAGGCACGCACCGAUAAACAAUCCGAAACUGAGCUGAAACAACUGAAUAAAAUUAUUAUACUCAAGGAUCAAGUAAUACUCGCGCUCACUAAUGAAUUGGCCAAGUUGCGCAAAGAGCUCUCCGACUUGGCUAUCUUUCAGGAGUACGGAGAGGAACCCUCCGGUCGCUUCAUACGACUCAAACAGCAGCUGGAUAAUCUUACCGACAUUUGCAAUCGCACGCGUCGGCAAGCGCACAAAUCCGACAUGAGCGCAGCCGCGUCGAAGGAGAAAGUCAUCGACGACACCAAUCUCGAGUUGAUAAUGAAUUGUCUUAAGAUCGCACCGCCACUGGAUGACACCGACGAAAGUGAAAACGAACGCGAGCAAACUAAACAGCUGUGCGCAGAGAAGCGUUUGGCCAAAAUGUCGGCCGAUAUACAGAACUUUGUCUACGGUGCACAAAACCUGCCCGACAUCGCCGUCAAUCACAAUCACCACAAGCCGCUCAAAUACUCCCAUUCCAAUCCACACAAGCUGGAGGAGUCCACAUUGGACACGUUGAUCGAAGAGUCGGCCAGCUAUGCCGAAGAGAUCGGCAAGUUGCGCAAACAGUUGGACGAUGUGCGUGUCAAUUUCGAGCUGGAGAAGCGGCAGUGGUGUGAGGAGCGCGAAAAGGUGCUGAACUACCAAAAACAAUUGCAGGCGCACUAUAUAAAUAUGUAUCAGAAAUUGCGCAGCUUGGAGAGUUCCAAUGAGGUUUAGCCAUGGCGCGUAUAUGGAUUUCAUGCUCGCAUACAGACACACAACGAUUAUUGUUAGUUUGCGAAAUGAAUGGAAAUAGUUUAAUUAUUAUGUUGUUGUUGUAAUUUUAAAGGCAUACAUGGUUUACCAUUGUGUUUUAUCUUAUACCAUAAAAGAAAAUAUUUAUUAAAAAUGUUAUGCACUUAAAGCAACAUAAAAUAAAUGGAAUCGGACUGCAAUUAUUCCAUGCACUCUCUCUCUCUCACACAUACACACACAUACAUAUGUAUAUUUA